AUGGCUAAGUCCCCUGCGAUUGCAACGAAGUGGAGUCCACCAUUGGGCGAGGGGUAUAAAACCAACUAUGAUGGAGCAGUUUUUGAAGAGGCGGGAGAGGCAGGGAUAGGUGUGGUGGUGCGAAACGGAAAUGGCGAAGUACUUGCUGCACUUUCAGAAAAAAUACCUUACCCCGGUACUGUGGAGUUGGUGGAAAUCCUAGCUGCAAGAAGGGCUGUCCAGUUCAUUGUAGAAUUGGGCAUGGCACAGUCAAUAUUUGAAGGAGACUCAGAGAUUGUUUACAAGGCAUUGAAGUCAGGUGAUGUGGGUCACUCGUCAUUUGGUCAGUAUGUGAAAGACAUAAUGUCUAUUUCCGGUUCGAUUCGAACUUUCUCUUUCUCUCAUAUUAGGAGGCAGGGUAAUUGUGUGGCUCAUGCCUUAGCAAAGAGAGCAAGAUUUGCAUUUCCAUUGUUAGUCUGGAUGGAGCAUGUUCCACCGGAUGUGAUUCCUUUUGUACUUUCAGAUCUUUAG